GUGAAGCAUAUCGAUAAAACUGAUGAAGUCGUGAAACAACAAACGGAUCAAGCAUCAACGUAUAUUGAUGAUAGUGUAUCUUCGAUAAUCGAAGAAAAACUUAAUGGUGAAGAUUCAGUUUAUACUUUAUCAACAGAAAUUCUCACAGAAGAAUCGACUCAAGAGAUAAGUCGAGGUUUAAAAGUAGUUGAAGAAGCUGGCUAUAGCAUCUCAGCAAAAGUGGAUGUGCCAGAAGUUCCAGCAUUGCCGAAAUCUGAAACAGAAGAUAAACCUGUAGAUAAUGAAUCGAAAUUAAAAAAAUCUG